ACCCAUUGUUUUUUUCCAUACUUUUAAGUAUGGGAAAGCUUCUUCCAUCGUGUCUCUUUCUUUUGUUCUUUUUUUUAUUACUUUUUUUAGUCCAUCAAUCUCCAUUUGGGUUUUCAUUUUUUAUCAAACCAUUAAAAGAAAAGUUCUGUUUCCUAUCAUUUUGGUUGGGAAACUUAUUUCAUAUGAGUCUUGAAUUUUGAUCAUAGCAUUAGUAGGAGAACUUUCCAUUUCCAUAACCAAAUAAUAAUAAAAAAAAACAAUCGUGAAGGGCCAAAGGGAAAGAAAAUUCAUCUCCCACAACCUUACCACCAUCAUUUGUCUUCCCCUCUCUAUCUUACCUUCUCAUGAGCCCUGGCGGUGGUAGGACUAGACRACGAACCCCAACAAUGACAAGACUCCACGGUUCAUUUUCUGAGCAACCCUACGCAAACUCUGGUGACCUUCAUCAUUCCGGCGAUUGGUACAUAAAGCAGUAUAACAUGGAAGAAUUUAACGCUGAGCUAAAGAAAAUUAGAGACGAAAUCCAUGAACGAGUCAUUGAAGAAUUGAAURCUGAGCUAAAGGAAAUAAGAGACGAGAUUCAAGAACAUGUCAYAGAGGUGCAUAAUGUAGAGCUAAAGAAGAUGAGACAAGACAUCGAUAAGAUUCAGGGGCAAGUCACAGGRAUUUUAAAUGUUUUAAAGAAGAUUGUUACAGUUGGGGACAUUUCUCAACCUAACAAUUUAGUCGAACCUCAUAAUAAUUCAUCACUUAGGGUGGGCCCAUCUCUUUUUAGGAAAAGAAAGUGCACGGAGAUGGAGAGAGGCAAACGAACAAAUGUCAGUGCCUUUAAUUGAUAAAGAUCCAAAGAAUAAAAGCUCUAUUAAAAGGAAAAAUAAAGUCCAGGCAGUAAUCUCGAAGCGCAAGUGGAGGCACCAACAAGGAUCUACGGUAUAUAAUCCCGUAUACGAUACCCAUGAACUCGUUGGCUCUGCAGAAUGACCCACAUCCAAAAUUUCCAGCAUUACCUGACAAUCAUAAUAGUCGGAGGCAACUAAAGUAAAAUAGCUUUCAUCCAAUCCCAAUAUCCUAUACCAAGCUAUUAUCACAAUUAUUUCAAAGUCAUCUAUUAGCUCCGGUACCCGUAGAACCAUUGCAGCCACCUUAUCCAAAGUGGUACGACCCGCAAGUCAACUGUGGUUACCAUGCAGGAGAUGUAGGUCAUUCAACUGAGAACUGUACUUCACUGAACCAUAAAGUGCAAGUUCUAUUGAAGGCAGGGUGGCUUAAGUUUUCAAAGGAAGAUGAUCCACAGAURAAGCACUAGAAUCAUGAAUGUACAAGGUUGACCUAUUGCUUUGCAUUAUUAAUAAAG